GUGACCCCCCGCCUUGCGGGCUGAGGAGAACGGAGGAGGUGACAGCAGCGGCCGCCGCGUGUCAGGACAUGGAGAACGCGCCAGAGAAACCUCUCACUUUAGAAGAAAAGACAAAGCUGAAGGAAAGGCUCGCCUUACUGAAGAAAGAAUACAAGAAGACCGUCCACCGCUUACAGAGAUCCCAGAGAGCCCAGAGGGUGAAAACACACGUCAAGAAAACCAUAGAAGAGCAGAACCGGUUAUUAAGCCAGGAACUGUCCAUACAAGACAGCGUCUUCAUAUUAGCAGGUUCUCUGGUUGACGCCAGUAAUGCUUCUAGAAAAGCCACCGAGUCAACGCAAAGCAUCGUCACCCCAUCAGCAGAAAGGAAGCCGUCCGUAAGCUUUAAUUUGGAUCCAGAAAUCCUCCACUGUGACAAGAAGUCACCUUCAUGGUCUGGAAGCGAAAGUAGCUGUCAGGAGCCCGGCGUAGCAAGCAAGACUGAGACUACCGGAUUGUCUAAUCCAAACCAAGGCAAAAGGAGCCGGCUGAAACUAAAUAGAUCCGCAAGGCAAGCCUUCUCAGAGGCCAUAUCCCCGAGAGUUCAGGUCAAUAGUAGUGCGAGUAAUCUAGAAGAAAAGCGUAAUAAUGAGGUGGAAACUACAAGGGACUCAGCGCUGUGCCUUACAGCAGAUGUUACACCGCAGAUAAAUGAGGCCACUUUCAAUUCGGAGAGUACAAGACGUGUGCAAGUGACUCCUGAGUGUGAGAAUGACCUUGGUGUGAAUGUUCUUGUACAGCAGCAUAAUAAUAUGGAGGCCACAAGUUCUCCGGCGUCACCUGUGUUUACAAAGUGCCUUAAGGAGGAUAUAAAGCUUUCCUCGGAGCAUAUAGCUUAUUUAUACCCUGGGGAGAAGGUUACACUAGAUACUGGGCAACCUAAAGUAGCCACAGAACAUUCUCAGGAUCGUAGAAGAAAUAACAGCAUGCAUAGAGGUAAGGAACCAGCACAUAGUCACACUAAUAUACAGCAGAGGCUGACGAGUGAACAGAUAUCCUCCGUAACAAAGCUUCUUGGGGACACCUCUCAGGAUCUGACAUUGGAUGCCACCUGCAAUUUUCCACCAAUCCCUUAUAUUAUGGAGACAUCAUCUACUUCUCCCCCCUGCUCUGAGAACCAUUCAGUGCCAACGGCCAAGUACCAUGGAGAGCCAUCUGGGUUUAAGGAAGAGUGCAGCCCACUCGACUCUUGCACGUUGGUGGAAGGACUUUUAUUCCCAGUUGAAUAUUAUGUUAGGACAACUCGCCGGAUGACCAGCUGCCAAAGAAAAGUGGACCUUGAGGCAGUAAUCAACAGCCACCUGGGCACGGCCAGAAAGGGGGCAAAAAGUGGACCUCGUCAGGCAAGCACCUCCUUAACUCCUUCCCUGCAGGUCAGUGGCGCUUCUUUAAGCAUCCCUAGCCACAGCGCUGCAAGAUCCAGACGAGUUAGAGGUAGGAAAUCAUGUCCUGCUUCAGUGUCUUCUGGCCUCGACAACAUAUCAAAGAAGCUAACAUUUGGUUCUAGCACCAGCCCAAUAGCAGAUGGUUUUCAAGGAGUAAAAGAAACCAUUGAGGCGAAAGAACUGUGCAUCGAGACUUGUGCAGAAGGUUUGAAGAAAUUGGAGGAUGUCACCCUGCCAUCUGAGGGAAGGAGAAGAACACCGGAUGAUGGCAACCUUGGGUUACAUGCCUUACCUAACAACACAAACAUAUUACAGAGAUGUGUAUAUAACCUCAGGACCUCAGCGAAGACCAGUGAGCCAAGCUCGCCCUUUUUUCUGUUCAGCAGCGGACUAAAUCUGAAGCAUCUCAUGGGCCAUGUAGACAUCACCGACUUCCAUUUGCCCGAUGAAGACUUCGGAGUCCUCAAACUGGAAAAGCUGAAAUCUGCAAGCCAACUGGAUCCGAGGUCGACCAACGAAAAGGAGAGGUACAGGGGGGCCUAUAGCAUUGACGGCUCAACAAGGCCAGUCGGUGACUACUCGGCACUGCUACAUGGAGCAGUGGGGGGCUGCACUGAUGCGUCUCAGAGAAACUCAAAACUGACACUCGAGGGCUGCCCGAAUGACAACCAAGCUCAACGAGAUGGGACGACAUCUUAUAUUUUCCUUACUAGGGCGACACCGGAGGUAUUUCAUCUCUCGCCCUCAAAAGAGAAGACUUGUGCCCCUGGUUGUCCAGUCAGCUGUCCCCUUCAGCAAGCCCCCCUAGGUUCUUAUUCUAAUGUGGACGUAUCCAAGCAUUUCUCAGACCCCGAGCUCAGCACUCCUGCGCCUAAUGCAAAUUGUGUGGAAACAUCAAGCACAAAUAUGGAGUCUGCCAUAGCAGGGACCUCUGAGCCACCACCCAGCGUCCUGUCUUCUACAAAAGAAGUGGCUUGUAGUGUCCUCCUGUCAACCUCAAUGUGUUCUGUCCCUGUAGAUACUCAUGGGGAGUGUAGGCUCUCGGGGUGCACACCCGGCUUCCCUAUGUUAGGGCCAACGCCCGCCGUCUUCUCAUCCCCGCAGUGCAGCACUAUUCCUGCACCUUGUGAGGAUCGCACGCCCACAAGAACAGUAGAAUUCCCUCCAGAGGAGGAUUUGGUCACACAAGAUGAUGUAGAGACUGAUCCGUACAGUGAAUUAUUAAUACCCCCAUCAGGGGAUCACGUGUGUAUAGAGAAGAAAGCUUGUAGUCACCCAGGACAUGAGACCAAUGAAUCUGAUCAACAUAACAUGGAAGGGAUGUUGGAAGGUGAUCAUAUCCACCUUGUCUCUGAAAUUAAGGAUACCUGCGGUGGUGGAUGUCCUGUAGAUCUGUGCUCUGUUUGGUGGGAAUUCUCUGGCUGUGUAGAUCUCUGUAUUGUGUCAGCCAGUGAGUUCUCUGUCUGUCUUUGGAGACCACAAGAAGUUUUCAUAUGGAAAUGCGUCCACACCUGGAGUUUCUCAGAGAUGCCGGUUAUCCAGAUUCUUCCGUUGUUUCAAGAGAAGAACAUGGUGUGCAUCGCUUUGGGAAAUCUAGACAUUAUGGAGAUCUGGGUGCUGUCUUCACAUCCAGAGCUUCAGACCUGGGAAAAGCAGUUGGUCAAGCGUGGGCACACAAAGACUGCCCAGGGUCUGUCCCGGCACCGUGUGGUCAGCAGCAGCGGAGGAGGAGGCAGUCAGGCGGUGGAGCUCUGGCAGCUAUCAGAAAGCGGAAGUGUGGCUGGUUCUCACGCUCUGGUGGCCCCUAACGACAGCAUCGUGGCUUUCUCGGAAGUGGAUGGCGAGAGGGACGCUCUGGUUGGAUCUACCGUGGACAACAAUCUAGUUCUCUGGAAUUCAGUGACCGGACAUCUCUUGAGUACGUUUUACAUCGGGAAUCUUUGCUCUGACCUCACAUGUAUAAGUGCAGCAUCGGACUCGGGUUUGUUGUUUUUAGUCGUUGGCAGCCUGUUCAGCAAACCCUGUGAGGUCACUGGUAGCUGUAUAUUCAAGCUGAUCGCCACCAACCCCCAGGGGGGAGCGAGUGCUUUUAUUAUGGCCUACAAGCUACCAGAGGGACUCAGUAGCAGAUACCUGGAAGGUGAUGUGAAGAAUCAAAGAGCGGCUGCCGUAUUGACUUGUGGAAGCAUUGCCCUCUGGGAUUUAUCCAGAAGCCAUUGCUCUGCUGUGCUCCCUCCAGACCCCGAUACACCCUGGUGUCUGGUACGAUGGGGUAACAGGCCAUCUUGUUUACUUGCCGGACGUAAGGAUGGGACCAUCUGCAUUUUUGAAUAUUCAGACCGGAGUUGACAGAAGACCUGGAGACGUUAUGGAACGGGGGGGUGUCUAGAGCAAACCGAACUGUCUCCUCUAUAUUUCAGGUUCAGGACAGGAAAUACAACAGAGGAACUUUUGUCUGCUGAGAACCACUUGGGAAGCUUCACAUGUCAACCCCCUUUGGCGCCGCUCAGAGAUUUCUGUUACUGAAUCUAAGCAAAGGGUCAUACAAGGUGAUGACCGUGUACUGGCAGUGUUGUCCAACUUCCAGUAGCCGGUUUGAUCUCCUAAAGUAAUGUUUCCCAACCUGUCGUUCUCCAGCAGUCUCAAAACGACACCUACCAGAAUGUGUAGACAGCUUGCGGCUGUCAAGGCAUGCUGGGAGUAGUAGUUUUGCAGCAGCUGGAGAGCCACAGGUCGGGAAAAACUGCCGUAUAAAAGUGCCUUUAAUUCAGGAAAUCUGUAGCAGAAGACCAUCUUCACUGCACUUCCCCUUUACAUUUUAUUUUUUUAUUCCUUCGGAUGUUCCUCAGGGAAUUACUGAUGAUUCAGAGCUCAGAUCCUUAAUCACUUGUGUUCAAUACUCUGGUUAAAAAUCACAUUGACUGCCUAUUUAGUUAUGCGAAGGCCAUUAAAAUCCUCCCUCCUUCAGGACUGAUUUAAAAAGGAGAGAUUGGUAUUGAUCUUGCAAUGUGACUGGCAUACAGAACGGAUGCCCCUCUCCGAAGAUAAACUUUGCCAUAAGGUAGUCUAUUGGAGCAGAAGUUCAAGAGUGAGCCGUUUAUUCAAGGAGGCAUGAUUACUGGUUGUAGGGUUACUGCUUAUACAUUAAUGGGGGUUCACCUGUGCCCAGGGUAAGUAAUAUAUAUAUUGCUGGGGGCCCCACUGAUCACGAGAACAGGGUUAAUCCUCUCUGUGAAUGGCGUGGUAGUGCACAUAAAUCUUCAUCGCUCCUUCCCUUGUAUGGGACUGCUGAAUAUGGCCGAGCGUUGUCCUCAGUAGUCCCCUAGAAAUGAACGGGAGUGGUGCUCAUUCAGGGGCAGUAACGCUCCAUUCAUGCAGGGACUUUGUGAUCGGUGGUGGUCACAGCCAUUGUACAUUUAUCACCUGUCCUGUGGAUAGAUGUUUUUAAAGUGACCACCCCACCAUAAGAACUUAGAAUAGGGGGUAAGUAUCUGAUCCGUUGGGACCCCCCACCUACUACAAAAAUGAGGUGCUGGAGUCCGUGAAUUGAAAGGAAUAGCGGCCACACAUGUCCGUCAUCGCUCCUUUCAAUUCUAUGCCAAAAAGGAGCCGACAAUAGAGCUCAUCUGUCUUCAGCAGUCCCAUAGAACUGAAUGGACCGGUAGCGUGCAUGUAUGAAUAUUGCUUUAUUCAGUCCAGGGACUCCGGUACCUCAUUCCUGUGACUAGAUCAGAAAACUACUUAUCAGAUAGUUUUGCCCUAUACAGUGGAUUACUUCGUAUUGUGGGAAAAGCGAUUUAAGGGUAAGGGUGUGUUAGGAGAAUUUACCAGAAUGUUGCUUGACUUGUGUCAAUAUUGAAGUUGCUUGUGGGUAGGAUACAAUUAAUGGGGCAGCAGGAAAUGUAAAGGGUACCUUCUGUGGUGGCCCUGGCUGCAUCAAAAGUUUGGAUUCGGUAGUGGGAGACUCAGAUGACAUACUGGGCCUGACGCCUCUAUUACAAAGCCUCGUGCAGUAUAGCCUCUAGGUAUUGUAUGGAUGCCCUCUAAUUUGCAGGCUGCAUUUUCCACCGCCAGAUUCCAAAUUCUGCUCUGCUGACCUACCCGAACCAUUUAUUUAAAUAAUUAGCCAAUUAGCUGGCAUGUAAUACCACAUUUCUCCUGCAGUGGCCGCUGUGAGGGAAACAUAGGGCCAGCUGCAGCUUCCAUGGGGGUUUCAGAAGUGAGACCAGUGGAGAUUGGCGGAUUGUUGGGCCCUCAGUCAAGUAGUGUCCCGAACGUUUUAAUAGAAGAGAACUCAUUAUUUUAAUAGCACUGACUUUGGCCAAGUUCACACUUCAGUUAUUUGGUCAGUUAUUACCAUCAGUUAUUGGGAGCCAAAACCAGGCGCGGGUUAAAAACAUAGAACUGGUGCAGAUCUUUCCAUUAUACCUGAUCUCUGACAGGCCUUCACUUCAGGUUUUGGCCUCUUGCACGCGACCGUUUGCCCUCCGAGAUAUAUGGUCCGUGAGCGAGCCAUAUGUCCCGGAGCGGCAUUGAU